UUAUAAUUGCGCAUGUAUUUUAUUAUUCGACCCUUCACACGCCGCAAGACUUAACCUGAAAUAUAUAUUUUGUUAUUUAUAUUUAUAUACAUUAUAAAAUAUGAAAUAAAUAUAGACAAUAAAAUUAAUAAUAAAUGUAUAUUAAUUAUUUAAUUGAGAUAAAGUUGUAAAUAAUUUAAAAAUAUGACUAGUUUAAUUUAUCGGCAUUUAGGAUUGUACAGAAAUGGACUAUCAAAACAAUAUAAAUCUAUACUGUUAAAGAGAUUUAUGUCAAUGCACAAAGGUGCUUAUGAUGGAGAUGGAAGAACAACCGUAACAAUUUUAAAUAAAGAUCCCGAAUAUGGACUAAUGAUUGAUGGUGUCAGUUGUACAGGAUUUAGAUUAAAUAUUGGCUUGACUAUACUAGGAGCAAUGAUAAUAUUUCCAAAAACUGUACUUGGAUGGAACAUAGCUUCUGCAAGUGAUAUACAUAAAGAUUCAUUAUCAUUAUUUAAAGCAAUAAUUCCAAGACCGGAUAUAAUGAUACUUGGUCUAGAUGAUAAUUAUCCACGUGAUGCUCCAUUUAUCAAGGAUUUUCGUAGCAUUAUCAAAGACUUAGACAUCAAUGUUGAAAUUUUACCCGUUAUAAAAGCAUGUACGACGUUUAAUUUUCUAAACUCGGAAAACAGAUACGUCGUUGCUGCACUUUUGCCACCAAGAGUUCUUGAGAAACACGAUACUCAAUUAAUUGAAGAGGUUGCUCUUCGAAAAGCAUUAAGAACCCCUGUAAAAGGAAUUACAGAUUAAAUUUUUAAUUUACUUAUGUAUAAUAUAGUUUUAUUAAAUAAAAAUUAUGUAAAAAUGUAAAAUAA